AGACAGCUGAGCUUUUUAUGUGCGCCAGUCAUAACAUGGACGUUGAAUUGUGAACAAGCCGUUCUUGUAGCCGCAUCGGUCACCAUGGCCCACUCAACCAUGAAUGGUCAUCACAACCCUGGUAAAAUUGUCUACAAAUUGGUGCUCACCGGUGGUCCGUGCGGAGGAAAGACUACCGGCCAGUCGAGACUCUGCACCUUUUUCGAAAACUUGGGCUGGAAGGUGUAUCGUGUACCCGAAACGGCCACGGUUUUAUUGAGUGGUGGUAUUAAAUUCAGUGACCUCUCAGUGGAAGAUGCUGUUGUUUUCCAAGAGAAUCUCCUCAAAUCCAUGAUGCAAAUUGAGAACACAUUCUUCUCCCUGGCUGACAGCUGUUCCAAGAAUUGUUUGGUGAUCUGUGACCGUGGAACUAUGGAUGCCUCCGCCUUUAUUCCUCCAGAGAGAUGGGAAGAAAUCAUGAAGAGAAAUGGCUGGAAUCCUGUUGACCUGAGAGACACGAGGUACAACCAAAUCAUCCACAUGGUGUCAGCUGCCAAUGGAGCAGAGGCUUUCUACUCUAUAGAGGAUCAUGAAACUCGUAGUGAAAACAUUACUUUGGCAAAGCAUUUGGACAGCAGAGCAGCAGAGGCCUGGGUUGGACACCCAUAUUUUGAUGUUGUUGAUAACUCCACAGACUUUGAUACAAAGAUGAGACGGAUGAUAAGUGUUUUGUGUCAGCGACUUGGAAUAGACACAGGAGAUAGAUUGAAGACAGAUGCACGCAAACACAAGUUCUUGGUCAGAGGCCCAUUGCCUGUAGACUCUGUAUUUCCCACUUUCCAGGACUUCAGUGUCGAACAUAUAUAUCUUCGCACUAAUUCAAGGAAAAUGCAAGCAAGACUUAGAAAACGGGGUAAAAAUGGUCACCACAGCUACACACACACCAUUAGAAAACCUGAGCAGCUGGGACAGAUCGUUGAGGUCAAAACUGCUAUUAGCCAGAGGGACUGGAACAACAUGUCAGCUCAGGCUGAUGAACAUCACUUCAAUAUUUACAAGACAAGACGCUGCUUCCUCCACAACAACCAGUAUUUCCAGCUGGAUAUAUACCAGAAGCCUUGUCAUAAAAGAUGUGAGGGUCUCAUUUUAUUGGAGACCUAUUCAACUUUACCAUCUGAGGAGCUACAGCGUCGGCUGCCUUCUUUCCUAACAAUAGAAGCAGAAGUAACAGGCCGACCUGAUUAUUCUAUGUUCAACCUCAGUCUUCGUGAUGAGUGGGGUGUAACCAACAAAUUCUGUGUCAACAUUGCAGAGGAAGAUGAUGAGAGUGCCUGUGGUUCUUGUCCUGGAUCUGGCCUUGACAUGCACCUCCACCGUCCAAGGCCCCUCUUAUCUUCUACAAAGUCUCACCUGCAUCAGGAUACUCUUAAAAGAUCUUCAUCUCAUCAUGAUCAUUUGAAUGUGAUACCAUUCUCAUCCCUUCUCCCGGGUGAUAUGGAGGUUGAAUCUUGUAAUAGGUCUUUCCAAACUACCUCUGAUAUAGCUGUAGGAGGUGAAGAUAUUAUAGACUUUAAUGAAUUCUGUACAGUCCCUGUUAAUGUGUGCAAUGGACCAUCUAAAAUAACAAAUGGUUUCUUUGCUCCAGAACACUGAGAUAAGGGAGAGAUUUUGGCAGGGCAUUAGGGUUAAUAAGCAUUCUGAAUUUAUAUAAAUUUGUACAGAUUUUUUUCAGUAUCAUGAAGUUUUAAUGUCAAACUUUUAUUGGAAUUGCAACAUUUUAGUGUUGAAACAUCUUGGGCAUGUAAUAUAUGCUGUAUACAAGUGAGUACAAGCAGAUAAUUUCAUUUGCCAGGUAGAUUUCGCAUCAGCCUUCUUCAUCCUAUCUUUUGACACAAAUGUCUAUUUAAUAUACUGUACAUAAAAAAAUUGCUUUUAGUGAAUUCUGUUAUUAUUUAUUCAGUAAGUACAGUAGACUAAUUUAUAUUACAGUAACUUUUGUGUUGAGUAUCAGGCAGUUACUUAAUUAAUCUUAUGGACCAGAAAAUUAAGAUUAAUGAUUUUAAUAGAUUAUUUCAUAUAAAAAGUUUGCAAGUUCCUGUAUAUUUCAUGUUAUACUUGCCAAUUUCUGUUGGCGUGAAGUAGGUGGGCAGCAAUUUCUGUACAUACUAAAGAAUCUUCAUGUCCAAGAACGAAUUCCUCAGAGAACCCAGUACAUGAACUGUUUCUGGCCAUAUGGAUUAAAUAAUACAGUUGUUAAACUUAUUUUAAAGUAGGCUAUGAGAUAACUUUCUACCAAGAAAUAAUGUUAUUAUGGUUACUGUAUAUUUAAAACUAUUUUGAAUACAAAGAUAGUGUUAAGGUUGAUUCUGUUCCUUACUCAUUAAACAUAAGAUAUUUUUAAGUAA